UUAAUUUUUUUGCUCUCCUGAAUCGUAACAAACACAAUUCCAGGACAGAGCUGAGACUAGGUCGCUGUCAAGCUGGAAGACUGAGCUGGGAACCAAUCAGUGCUCAGCGUCGCUGUGUGUCUAUAUAUACACACACACACAGUCCUAGACCUGGCAUCUCAACUCGGAGACUUUAUUAUAUUUUUACUGUCAGGUAUCCAGAUCUCAACCAUGUCGGAAACCGCACCCGCCGCGCUUCCUGCUCCUGCUCCCGCGGAAAAGACGCCUGUGAAGAAGGCCCGCAAGUCCGCAAGUGCCACCAAGCGCAAGGCUUCCGGGCCCCCUGUGUCCGAGCUUAUCAUCAAGGCUGUCGCCGCCUCCAAGGAGCGCAAUGGCUUGUCUCUGGCCGCCCUCAAGAAGGCGCUGGCGGCUGCUGGCUACGACGUGGAGAAGAACAACAGCCGCAUCAAGCUGGGUCUUAAGAGCCUGGUGAGCAAGGGCACCCUGGUGCAGACCAAGGGCACCGGCGCCUCAGGCUCUUUCAAGCUCAACAAGAAGGCGGCGACCGGGGAAGCCAAACCGAAAGCUAAGAAGGCGGGUGCGGCCAAGCCCAAGAAGGCUUCUGGGGUGGCCAAAAGGCCCAAAAAGACGCCGGGUACGAUCACUCCGAAAAAAAGCGCCAGGAAGACCCCGAGGAAGGUGAAGAAACCAGCGGCGUCUAAGAAAGUGAUCAAGAGCGCGAAAAAGGUGAACACAGCUAAGCCGAAGAAGGCAGCUAAGAGUCCAGCCAAGGCCAAAGCCCCUAAGCCCAAGGCAGCCAAGCCUAAAGGAGGCAAGCCCAAGAAGGCGGCCCCCAAAAAGAAGUGAGUUCAAGACUAGUUCCCCCUACCUUAAAGGCUCUUUUCAGAGCCACUCAACUACUCAUUAAAGAGCUGGUUAUACCGCUUUG